AUGAAGCUCACUCAGGUAGCUGCCGCCAUAGUGGCAAGCCUCGUCGGGUCGGCCUCGGCGGCGAUCUCCUCUGUGGUCACUGGGACACCCAUGGGAUUUGCAUCAUCCGUAACGGGCGGCGGGACGGCAACACCCGUGUACCCAACCACGAUCGACGAGCUCAAGAGCUACCUGACCUCUUCGUCGGCAGAGGUCAUCGUCAUCUCGGGCACGUUCGAUUUCGCUGGCAGCGAGGGCACGCAGACAGAAGAGGCAUGCAAUGCGUACUCAUGCACGCCGUCAGACGGCGGGCAGGCUCUACUCAACACUCUCGACGGGUGCGGGUCCACGGCGGUCUACGAUGUGACCAUCGAUACAGCUGCCUAUCAGGGCAUUGCUGUCGCUUCGGACAAGACCCUCGUCGGCACAGACGGCGCGACGUUGAAUGGCAAGGGCUUGGUGUUUAAUGGUGUAUCGAAUAUCAUCAUCCAGAACAUUGCCAUCACGAACUUGAAUCCGGAAUACGUUUGGGGAGGGGAUGCGUUGUCUUUCACAGACACGAACAAUAUAUGGAUUGAUCACGUUACUACUUCGAGCCUGGGCCGACAGCACUAUUCCUUUGGCACAGGGUCCAACAACGCCGUGACUAUUUCCAACAGCUUCAUUGACGGUAGCACAGAUUACUCGGCUACCUGUGAUGGUCACACCUAUUGGGGCCUCGAGCUCGUCGGAUCUGGCGACUUCAUCACCUUCUAUCAGAACUGGGUAUACUACACAUCCGGACGGAGCCCAGCGCUCAGCGGCAACACCGUCUUCCAUGCCGUCAACAACGUCUGGUCAUCCAACUCGGGCCACCUGAUCGAGGGGACAGACGACGGCAUGGGUCUCUACGAGGGAAACUACUUCAUCAACACCCCGACCAUCGUCGCGGACGGCUUCGUGGGCCAGCUCUUCAGCUCCGAGUCUGCGGACCUCUCGCAGUGUGACACCUACCUUGGGAGGAACUGCGUCGUGAACCUGUUGGGAUCAGACACCGGAACCUUCGACUAUGAUCAGUAUGGAUGGUUCUCGGAUCUGUCAGGCCGGCCCAUCGUUGCUGCAGCAUCGGCGUCGUCUAUCGCUACCUCUGUGGUUGACAACGCUGGAAACACACUGUGA